GCCGGGCCCGCGGCCUGCGCCUGGCGGCAGUAUGAGCCAGGCCGAGCUGUCCACCUGCUCGGCGCCGCAGACGCAGCGCAUCUUCCAGGAGGCCGUGCGCAAGGGUAACACGCAGGAGCUGCAGUCGCUGCUGCAAAACAUGACCAACUGCGAAUUCAACGUGAACUCUUUCGGGCCGGAGGGCCAGACGGCGCUGCACCAGUCGGUCAUCGACGGCAACCUGGAGCUCGUGAAACUGCUGGUCAAGUUCGGCGCCGACAUCCGCCUGGCCAACCGCGACGGCUGGAGCGCGCUGCAUAUAGCCGCGUUCGGCGGCCACCAGGACAUCGUGCUCUAUCUCAUCACCAAGGCCAAGUACGCGGGCAGCGGCCGGUGAUGCCCGCCCGGACCCGGACCCGGACCCCAGCCUCGACGCGGACCCGGAUGCGCCCCGCGCGUGUCGUCUCUGCUGUACCUUCCCGCCAACUACCUCGGUAUGCGCCGGCCCCUGCGGCCACGGCGAGGCCGGCGCGCACGUCCGCGCCCACGGGGGCCUCACGGGGCCCGCUGCCCCGGGUCGGCGCCCCCGCGCGACCGCCCGGACCCGCCCGAGAGCUUCCCACGGCCCCGCCCGCGCUUUGCGGGGGUGGGGGCGGGGCGCGGGCUCCAGCCCCUUUGAAAUCUGAGUCUCGCCACCACCAAGUUCGGAAUCCCGAGACACCGGAUCCUCCGCUCAAAAUGUUUUCUGCUGAAGGUGGAGGGUGGAUGGUUGACAAGCAGCGGACGCGCGGUGGAGGGGCGCCUGCAGCCCCAAACUAUUUAUCGUGUGUGUAGUGUAUUUGUGGGUGAGGUUCGUGAGCCUGAUUGUUUUGUUUGAAAAGUAUGGUGCGUGGUCGUUGUGGUUAUGGGGGGAAUGGUGCAUUUUUUAUUUCCUAGUCUUAAAACUAAAAACUUGAGUCUGUCAUUUCUUGGUUGCACUGAAAAUACCUACCAGCCUGAUGGUGUUCCCGUGCUGGUCACUCCCUCCCCUCCCCUCCCCUCCCCCACCCGCCUCCCACGUCUCUCUGCCCUCCCCUCCUCACACACACACACACACACACACACGUGAGUUUGGAAGCCCUAGGCCUCCGUCAGCUCCUGAGAGGCCACCAUCCCCCAAACUUAGUUUUGCAAAGCGCGCGGGAGGCUGGGUGCUCGGGUGCGGCGGCGAUGGGGGAGGGGGAAUCGUACCUUUUCUAGUGUGUUCUAUUGUAGGUUACAGUCUUGCACACUUUUUUUUAAGUAAAUGGAUUUGCCACAAAUGUCAUAACAUUUAUGACAAAAUAUAAAACGUUAACAUUUUAAGCCAAGUUUUAGGUGUAUUUUUGAAUCUUGGUUAUAAACCCAGUUUUAAAGGGGGUUGUAUCCAGCGUUGUGAAGGCAACAGUGUAUCCAUAUUUAUAUGUUUAUAAGAUGCCUAUAAGACUGUGAAUCUCCUGUGCUAAUUGCCGAGUGAGUUGAAGGACCUUUCGCCCCUUUGCAGCCUCCCGGAGCGCCCAGGACCCGCCUCGAAUCCUCAAAUCCGGCCGUGGGGGAGGGGCCUCCGGGACCUGGGCCGGAGGCGGUGCCGCCGCGUCACUUUCUGUCCCGCGAGGCGCCCUUCCUGGUCUCCGAGGUUCCAAUUUUCUAUGCAACCCCACACCCCUUGUUGUUUUGAUCCUGAGAAAUAAAAGGAAGGCUGAAUUAUUCAAAUUUAAAUGAGGCUUCCCCAGGGUAGAAGUGCUGCUGACCCUUCGCGCAAAAAUGGGGAGCACUUGAGGACACAGGUGGGUGGAGGCCCUUUGUGCGUGGCCGGUCGGAUUCGGGCAGUCAUCUGCGGCUUUUCCUAAAGCCUGUGUGAGAAUAUAUUGAUAACGUCACUGCAACAGGCAGACAUUGAAACUGAGGCACGGAUUACUCCCAAAGGAGUAUUUUUUUCUAGAUGCAAAUGCCUUUUUAAUUAUGUUAAUUAAUGUUAAGAUUUCCUAGGCUUACAUGGAAGCUGUGUGUGGGUCCGGGUAUGGUCACCUCCGACUGGAUGAAGGCUGCAGCGCAUUCCUGAGUGUACGAUAGAGGCUUGUAGCCCAGCGUGAAAAAUUUACAAAUAAAUUUUUCAUUGAUCUUUUUAUAUUAAAAAAAA